GGCACAAUGUUUAAUUCAGUAGACUCUCGUAGUCCGGUAAUGGAUAUCCAAAAUUAAUCGUCGCGUUGUCUACUGAGAAUAUUUUACCAACUUUACUACUAAUAAUUUAUAAAAGAAUGCCACGAGGAAGAGGAAAGAAUUACAAAGGAAGAACUCGUCAUUUCACAUCUGCUGAGGAAAUUGAUAGGCAGAUGAAUGAUGAUGAAUGGAGAAAAAAACAAGAUGAAGCUAGAAACAGAAAUAAAGAAGAAAAUAAAAAGGAAAGUUCAGAAGAGGAAGAAUCUGAAAGUGAAUCUGAAAGUGAAUCAGAGGAUGAGGAUGAAAAAAAGAAGAAUUUGAUAGACAUCGAGAACCCAAAUAGAGUUCAAAAUAAAAUGAAAAAAGCUGGAGAAAUAACUUCAGAUGCUCCAAAACCUGAACUUUCAAGAAGAGAGAGAGAGGCAAUCGAAAAAGAACAAGCAAGAUUACGCUACGAAAAACUUCAUGCUGAAGGAAAAACAGACGAAGCUCGUGCUGAUUUAGCACGUUUGGCAAUUGUAAGAAAACAAAGAGAAGAAGCUGCUAAAAAGAAAGAUUUAGAAAAACUUGCAAAAGAAAAGGAAUUGAAAGAUGCAGAAGAAGCUCGGAAAAAGGCUAUGGAAGCUCAAUUAAAUCCUUCUAAGCCCGGAGGGCGUCGAAAAAAAUUGUAAAUUUUCUAUAGAAAAUUUUUAUCUGAAUUUGUUACAUUUUAA